AUGAGCAGCAUGUUCCGCUUCGCCUCCUCCUUCGACAAGGACGUCAGCUCGUGGGACGUGUCGGCGGUCCAUGACAUGUACGACAUGUUCUACGACGCCACAUCCCUCAGUGACUGCAACAAGGCGUUCGUCCACGCCAGCUUCAGCACGCAGACGAGCGCGUGGCCCUCGGACUACAACUCGUGGGGCUCGCUCACGUCGGGCUUGUUGGCAAACAAGGAGCUAGUGGUGUUGGUGGUGGUGGUGGCGUACACGCUGCAAGCCGACGUGGUGGUGGUGGUGGUGGUGGUGGUGGUGGUGGUGGUGGUGGUGGUGGUGGUGGUG